GCCGCUCGGGACGGGCUGGGCUGGGUCCGCCCGGACCGGGUCGGGUCCCUCAGGGGCCGGGCUGGGCUGGGUCCCUCAGGGGCCGCUCGGACCGGGUCCCUCAGGGGCCGCUCGGACCGGGUCCCUCAGCGGGCCGGGCCGGGGUCACCGCCAGCCUCCCCGCCAGCCGCGGCGUGGGGGUAACCUCGGGGACCGGGACGGCCGACCUCUCCUUCCCUUUUCCAGCCUUUCUCCGCUCUCCUGAGAGAUGGGUUAUGUAACUUGACGCUGCGGUCUCCGGAGUUUUCCCAGUUUUCAGCUGACCUCAUUUCAGUGGGCUAAAUAAAAUAGGUGUAAUUGGUGGUUGGAGAACUAUUUCAGAAUUUCCGCUGGGCCUGUAUGUAUUUACUUCUCUAAGCUCUGCUACGUAGCCUAUAGAUGUGCAUAGUUUUCAGGGAAAAACAGCAUUCUCCUCGCAUGUGGAAGACAUUAAACAGUAUCUGUUUCUGCUGCUUGCUUUGCAUUCUUGUGCCAUCAUUUAUUAUUUCUAAAAGUAAACAUAUGUGAAUUCUACAUAAACAAUAAAGCUAUGGGAUUUUCUUCUAAUUUUUCUGUAGAGAGUAGAAAUACAGUCACGACUAUGUCCUGAUGUGGGGAUUGCCAAAAGACACAGUAGAUACUUUUCAGACAAAAACAGUGCAUGUCGAGUUUCUGAUGAGUCACAAAACCUGAAGUUAGUGUAAGCAGAUGUUGGUUACAGCUCACAUUCAUGGGAAGUGCAUAAUCACCACCCCGAUAGCCUCCCACUGUCCGUUUCUGGUCCAAGAACUUCCCCAAAAGUGUGGUUUCAAUUUUAUGGAAAGCCUUUGAAAUUUGGCACAGUUUCCAAAAGUAUGUAGGAAAAAAAAAAGUCUGCCAGAGGUUUGGCCUCCAACUGUGAAAACAGACACUGCCUUUUCAAACUCCUCUCCUAGAUCUACUGACCAACACCCAGAAGAGAGAAUUUACAUUCUUUUAGAAUACGACAGGAAAAUGAAGACCCGGCUAAAAAUCAUAUUUGGCGUGGUUAUAUGCCUUUUGCUUUCCUUAUUACUUAUGUGUAUUGUACUACUUCCAUCAAGAGUUGUCAACACAGAUGAUGAUCCCAGAGCUCUUACAUUGGAGGAUUUUUUGAAUGGAAACUUCCAAUAUAAAACAUUUGUUCCAUAUUGGGUGUCAGAUAAUGAAUAUCUUCAUCAGUCUGCAGAAGGUGAUAUUAUUCUUUACAAUGUUGAAAUUAAUUACGCAACCACCAUCAUGACAAACAGCACAAUGAAACAAGUUAAUGCUUCAAAUUAUGUGAUGUCAUCCAACCAAUAUUUCAUAGCUCUGGAAAGCAAUUAUUCGAAGCUGUGGAGAUAUUCUUAUACAGCAUCAUAUCACAUUUACGAUCUCAUAAAUGGUGGUUUUGUAACAGAAAAUCAGCUUCCACAUAAAAUUCAGUAUAUAUCCUGGUCACCCGUUGGACACAAAUUGGUAUAUGUAUAUCAGAAUAAUAUCUAUUUGAAACAAAGUCCCAGAGAGGCACCAAUUAAAAUAACUAGUGAUGGAAAACAGAAUGAAAUAUUUAAUGGGAUUCCUGACUGGGUUUAUGAAGAGGAGAUGCUAGCAACAAAAUUUGCACUGUGGUGGUCUCCAAGUGGAAGAUAUCUAGCAUAUGUACAAUUUAAUGAUUCUGACAUACCAGUUAUUGAAUAUUCGUAUUUUGGUGAGGACCAGUAUCCUAGAAAAAUAACUAUCCCAUACCCAAAGGCUGGAGCUAAAAAUCCUACUGUUAAAGUGUUUAUUGUAGACACUAUUAACUCUGAAGCAUAUGGUCCUAAGGAGGUGCCAGCUCCUGCAAUCAUAGCAUCCAGUGAUCACUAUUUUACUUGGCUUACUUGGGUAACAGAUACUCGAAUCUGUGUGCAGUGGCUCAAGAGAAUACAGAAUUUUUCAGUUUUAGCUAUUUGUGACUUCAAAGAGCAUUCAAAUACUUGGGACUGUCCAGAGAAUCAACAGCACAUAGAAGAGAGUCAAACAGGAUGGGCAGGCGGAUUCUUUGUUUCUGCACCAUAUUUUACAUCAGACAGCAGUUCAUACUACAAAAUUUUUAGUGACAAAAAUGGUUAUAAGCAUAUUCAUUACAUCAAUGGCUCUGUGGAGAAUGCAAUCCAAGUUACAAGUGGAGAAUGGGAGGCAAUAUACAUUUUCAGAGUAACAAAUGAUGCAAUUUUCUAUUCAAGCAAUGAAUUUGAAGGCUAUCCAGGACGAAGGAAUAUUUACAAAAUCAGCAUUGGAAGUAAACCUAUGAGAAAACAAUGCAUUACUUGCAAUUUAAGGAAAGAGAGAUGUCAGUAUUAUACAGCAAAAUUCAGUGAACAUUCUAAGUAUUAUGCCUUGAUCUGUUAUGGUCCUGGGAUUCCCAUUUCUACCCUUUUUGAGAACCGUGGUGACAGAGAGCUCAGAGUAUUGGAAGACAAUUGGGAAUUGCAGUCUGCUUUGCAAGAGAUCAGACUGCCAAAAGAAGAAAUUAAUAAACUUGAAGUGGAUGGUAUAACUUUGUGGUACAAAAUGCUUCUACCUCCACAGUUCGAUAGAUCCAAGAAGUACCCUCUGCUUAUUCAGGUGUAUGGAGGACCUUGCAGUCAGAAUGUAAAGGAAACCUUUGGCAUUAGCUGGAUAACCUAUCUUGCAAGCAAAGAGGGAAUUAUUGUUGCUCUGGUGGAUGGCAGAGGGACAGCUUAUCAAGGUGACAAGAUUUUGCAUGCAGUAUAUCGAAGACUUGGAGUCUAUGAAGUUGAGGACCAAAUCUCAGCAGUUAAAAAAUUUAUAGAAAUGGGCUUUAUUGAUGAGAAACGAAUAGCAAUAUGGGGCUGGUCCUAUGGUGGCUAUGUAACUUCUUUGGCACUUGGAUCUGGCAGUGGAGUAUUUAAAUGUGGAAUGGCUGUGGCUCCUGUUUCCAGCUGGGAAUAUUACGCAUCAAUCUACACAGAACGAUUUAUGGGUCUUCCUAUAAAAUCCGAUAAUCUUGAGCACUAUAAGAAUUCAACUGUGAUGGCAAGAGCAAAGAAUUUCCAAAACGUAGAGUAUCUUCUCAUCCAUGGAACAGCAGAUGAUAACGUACAUUUUCAGAACUCAGCACAAAUUGCAAAAGCUCUGGUUAAUGCACAGGUGGAUUUCCAGGCAAUGUGGUAUACUGAUCAGAACCAUGGAAUUCCAGGCCUUUCCAGCAAACAUCUCUACACACAUAUGACCCACUUCCUCAAACAAUGUUUUUCUUUGUCAGAAUAAGUAGGCUACUCAGAGCAUGCUAAGGCAUCUGAGACAUCACUGGGACAAUGAAAUGACAGCAGUGCCCAAAUUGCAUAGUUUUCAGGUGAAUUGAUCAUAGGAACUUCGAAAAUUAAAACUUGAUGUUUACAUCCACUUUUGAUAUUGUAUAUUAGCAAAUGUUACAGCUUAAACUUACAUUCUGCAGUCCAAGACAGGUGGUUCAUUGCAAAUGCAUGCUUCAGAUUAAUAUGAUUCCAUAGAACUGUAAAAUGGGAAAGGACAAAGGAAGCAGUGCUAGUACCUAAUCAGCAUCCUAACAAGAACCAGUUUCUCAAAAUUUAUUUUGAACUUUUUGUAAAGAAUCCAAGAAGAGAUAGGAACAGACAAUAUUUAACACUGAAUUUUGGGUACUUAUUGAGAGUAUUGAAUGUGUUCAAAUUUUAUUCAACUCUUAUUUGAAACCUUGAUCUGCAAAACUCUCAGUGUUCAUGUUCAAACAUGAAAGGAAGACACUUAUGAUAACUAUUGUAUAUCAGAGAGUUUUUCACGUGUAUUCAAAAUAUAUGAGCCAUAUUGACUCAUUUUUAAUUUCUAAUCAUCACUUCAGCAUUCAAAUUGAUCUUAGUGUCGUUCAUCCCAGACUGGAGGGGAAAGAUCAAAAGAUUGUGCAAGCUUUCUUUGUCUUGUUUCUAGUGAAAAUAUUUUAGGGAGUCUUAAAAAAAUGCUGGAAGCUAAUAAUGAUUGGAAUACUUGUAUUAUUUUCAUUAGUAAUUAGAUUAGUCCUGUCAUAAUAAAAGAAUAUUAACAAGAUAAUUGCCAAGAGAUCCACUGUAGAUUAAACAAUACCUUGGUCAUGCAUUUAAAAAAUUCAGAAUUAGUCUACUGCAUAAGAACCAUGGUCUUUCUGACACAAUCUCUGUUAUUAGCUGUUAAGAGUACAAAAUAACCUGCAUUAGAUUGUGUUGCCUUCCCACAAAGCAAGCUGCUUCCUAACUCUCAGUCUGAGACCAGUAGCUGCUUCUUUGUGGAAAAGCAAGGGGUUUCAUUUGACUUUCUUGACAAAAACAUGGGGUUUGGCCAAAAUAAUUAAAAUGUGGAAGUGAUUUGC